AUGGUGGAAAUGAUUUGUUCUGCAAUCAGCGGCGACCGGCCGUCGCCAGCUCGGGUUGCAGCUGCAGGCAGCCACCAGCGACUUUCAGAAGAUCAUCAGCCUCGGUGGUACCAUGAUGGAUGGGCGAACCAUAAUUGCAAGUAUCAGAUGCUUGUUGUUCGAAACAGCCAUGGGAUGAAGCCUGAGAUUUCCAUUCCUUUGGAGAAAAGAAAAAUUAUUUCGUUGACACCCGGGCACAUUUUCAUGUCACUAGGAAAAGCUGCUACUAUGGCAUCGGGUGACAACGACAAUUAUGAUUGGUUGUUCAAGCAGAUGGAUGAGGUACGUCAGAAUAAGGUUGAUUCCUCUAAUGACAUGGCUUCAUUAAGUAAGUCGAUUGGCAUUUGUGAAAGCAACCCAAGAUCUGAUGAGAAGAGCAAAAAUAAGGAAGAUUGUUCUGAAGAUGUGGCUUUGUUAUAUAACUUGUGUCCAAUUUCCCCGGUUAAACCAAGAUUUGAGUUGAAUGGUUUUGAUCGGUUGUGUGAGCCGUCGGGUGGCAUGGGUAGUGGUGAUGAUGACAGCUUUCCAGCGUCCCAAAAUAAACCAGGGAUAGAAUCUAUCAAGCUACAAGCUGAAGUUGUCGCUGAUGACAGCACUGAUGAUGAUGAUUGUGUAAUAUUGGAUGGGGAACCUAAUACAUCUGUGGAGGCCGUGGUUGAGACAGGGGAUGAUGACAUAUUGGUCACUCGCGAGAAGGGAGAGAUUGCGUGCAGAGACUUCCCUCACCCACGGAACCUCUGCGCCACAUUCCCCUUCACGUCUACUCCGCACGUGCGUCACUGUGUUCAGUGCUACUGUUUCGUCUGUGAUACGCGGGCCCCGUGUUCCCGUUGGGGCACUGGGAACUCGACCACAAACCACUGCCACGCCACCAGUGAGGACAAGCACUGGAAAGCCGAGAGGUCACGAGCUAAAAAAAAGGGUAAUUAUAAGCCACUUCGAAAUGUGCCUGCUCUGGAAAUUGACGGUGAAGAAAACGACGACGAUGAUACUCGUCUGAUAAAAGCACUUCUCCACACUCCCGAAGUCCCCAUGCUCGGGCUUGGCCCACCCAACAGUUUUGCUUCUGCCCGUGGCGCACGAAGCCUGGGCUCCAUGUCAAUUCCUCAUCGACAAUCCUUCAAGCGGCCUGGAUUGGUUGGGGCGUCUUUAAAUAAUACAAAUAAUAAUAUGAUGAAUAAUAAUAACAGGUUUGGGUUUGGGGCCCAACUACCUACUGAUCCGUCUCUGAAUUGGCGCCGAGCACUGGAGACUCCUUCUAUAGGCAUUCCCAAUGCUUAUUCUGUGGGGACAUCAGCACCUUUGCCAGGGCCUGGUGCUGUAUUUCGUCCCACCAGCAACUUUGCUGGAUCUCUGGCGGGCCCAUUCCAGCAAUUGGGCUCGGGGAGUGGAUUGCUGCUGCCCUCCGGGCCCGUCUUGUCUGGUAUUGGGCCGGGCCGUGGGGUGGGGAGUAGAUUGUUUGAAAUAGAGGCUGCACGUGGGAAUCGUGGGGGGUUGUUGAUGGAUGGGGUGGAUGGGUUGGGACGAGCGAUGAAUGGUGGAAGUGGUGCGUUUAUGAGUUCGCGUGAGUUUGGGUCGGCCUGGAUACAAUGGUUUCUUAGCCGAGGAGGUUUACGGUCAUCAUCUCGUGGGAUGGGCAGCAAGUUCCCGGCCACAAAUUUUGGCGGAAAUGAUUUGGGGCAAUAAUGGUAAAUGUGGUUUUNAACUUGGUUAAUC